AUGUUAAGAUUCAGGAUAAUUGGUGCCAGGCGGUUAUCAUCUUCUGUGACCCCUGUGACGGUUAGACGGUCUCAUCCAAUUCGGAAUUUUGUUUUAAAGACGGCAUCGGCUGUUUGUUUGUUCUACGGAGCAGGUUUAGCACUUGCUGUCAAUAAUGAUAAGGCUAAUGAAAUAUUUGUAGAGAAUAUCCCUUAUGCCGAGGGUUUAGUUGAUGCUUAUGAGAAUUAUCGCGCUGGAAUAUGGCCUUCUGUUAAUGUGUCCGACGUGACGCGGAAGAUAAAGGACAGCUACAACUAUAUUAGAAAUCCUAUAGGUGGUAUACAAAGAGAGGAGCCGGUUAUGGUAAGGAAGGAACCUACUUUGGCUGCUAUUCCAAGGCAGCCAAUGGCUAAGUUGAUUCUUCCAACAAUUGAGGUUGACGAUAUGCAUUUGGCUGUUAGCGAAUUGGUUAGCUCCUUGAAUGCCUCAAUCCAGGCGGUCAAUGACAAAUGUUUGGAAAUCCCACAGGAGAGUUUUUACGCCAUCUUAGGGUCUUAUGGUGUUAUUGCACAGGCGAUCAAAUCCAUGAACAAUGAGGUUGGUUCCGCAAUUUCGAAGGAACUAACGCAGAAAACUGUUGAAGCAAUGAAAGACUUAAAUGAAAAGUUUGCCCGUGAAAUGAAGACGAAGAGUUUAGAACUUUCCCAAGAGUACAUGAAGAACUUUGAAGCCUUCAAGAAGCAAUUGGAGCAGUCUACGCAAGAGCAAUUACAGGCUGAUCUAAAGGCACAUGAACAAGCUCUUUUAGCAAGACAGCGCAAUGAAGUGGCUCAAUUGUCUAUCAAGCAGGUCGAAGAGUUUAACAAGAUUAUUGAGACUAAGCUUGAGAAGGAAAGAAAUGGCAGACUCGCCAACUUGCAGGAGCUUGACCAGGCUGUUAGCUCCCUAAUCCCUCUUUUCGAGGUCUUGGAACAGCGCGCUGUCAAGAAAGAGUGCUUAACGCAAUUGAACAACGUAGUAAACUCACUCAGAACAAAGCUAUCCCUGGCUUCUGACACUCCUGUCGACUUGGCCCAAGAUAUUCAAAAAUUAAGAUCUCUCACCGACGUUUUGCCAACUGAGUCCAAGUGCUGUUCUAAUCCUUCGUUAAUAGAAAUUGCCGUUUCAGAGUUAGAGUCCAAAAAUAGCUACCAAGUUGCGUCCCAGGAACAGCUCUACAACAGAUGGCUGCUACUACAACCAGAGCUCAAGACGACUUCCCUUCUACCACCAAAUGCCGGUUUCUUGGGUCACUUGACUGCAAGACUAUUCUCUACUCUGCUCUUCACCAAAGAGGGCUUCUCAACAACCAGGGACAUGGACUCUAUCAUUGCCAGGGUUACCGAGAACUUGCGUACCAAUAGAUUGGACAAGGCAUUAGGCGAUGUGGUAGAUAUGACAGGAUGGUCUAGAAAAUGUACAGAAGACUGGAUCCACCUAGCACGCCAAAGAUUGGAGGUUCUAGCUUUGAUUGAUGUGAUUGACUCUGAAAUCAAGACAUUGUAA